UAAUAGGCUAGCAAGAGAGAUGGCAGUGCUGAAGGCAAGCAGCAGCGUCUUGGUGACUGGGUCCAGUCGAGGUAUUGGCUUGGAGCUGGUCAGGCAGCUGGUGGAGAAAAGCAACCGGCCUGAAUGGAUCUUCGCUACCUGCCGGGACCCAGAAGGGCCACGUGCCCAGGACUUGAGGAAUUUGGCUGCCAAGUACCAGGGAGUGGAGAUUGUCCAGUUGGACACCACCGACCCAUUCAGCAUCAGGGCUGCUGCAGCCAGAGUCACCGAGCGGCUGAAAGGAGCAGGGUUGAAUCUGCUGAUAAACAAUGCAGGGACUGUAAAGCCAAAUACUCUGGAAUCCGAGACACCAGAGGACAUGAUUGAGGUGUACAAGACCAACGUGAUUGGGCCGUUGGUGAUGAGCCAGGCGUUCCUGCCCUUGCUGAGGAAGGCAGCUCAGGAAAAAAACCAGGAAGGGAUGAGCUGCAGCAAAGCAGCCAUUGUCAACAUAUCCAGUGAAGCCGGCUCCAUCACAAAUAUGUAUUUGUGGAAACAGGAAUCAGGACAGGUCAUCAAUUACCGUUGCAGCAAGGCUGCCCUGAACAUGCUCACACGGUGCCAGUCCCUGGGAUUUGCCAAAGAUGAGAUUCUGUGCAUUUCGUUGCAUCCUGGGUGGUUACAGACAGAAAUGGGAAAUGGACCGACAAAAGUGGACGAAGGUGUGCGGGCCAUCCUGAACACACUGGCCUCUCUCUCUGAGAAAGACAGUGGCACAUUUGUGAACUGGGAAGGGAAAGUCAUUCCCUGGUGAGACACUCAACUUUUGACUUGUCUUUACUUCAGGAGGAGCUCCUUGCUCAGGGUAAGGCGAAUGCCUGAAGGGCCGAGCCUUUGACUGCAAUAAAUUCACCUCCUGCUGAAA